UAAAGGGUGAAGGAGAAGACUUGGAAAAAUGAGAUCAUGAUUUGUCAAACGAAAUAACGACUUUUUCCCGCUCUUUUAUAAUUCUUUUUGAUUCCUUGAUCGCACAGUUUGGAAUGGAUUUUUGACUUUUUUUGUUCGUUCAAAGAUUGCAGAUUUUCUUGCCCCUUUAUCGCGCUUGUUUGCCUGCUCAAACAGGGCACAAAUGAUCACAGAGGAAAAAAGGAAGAAACCCAAAAAGAAGGCACAAAAUUAGUGAAUCUAGCAAGGUUUGAUGGGAAGGCAAACAAUUUGUGGCGUGCUAAUCAAAGGUAUGACCCACCAAUAAGGCCCCAUUGGAAAGGAAGAUUGUAAUCUAGUGAUUUGCAACAAUGCACUCAACCUGUUCGACGAAAGUCGCCAAAGAACUUCUUCACCUUUCCUCAACUGGGUCUCUGUCUCUGUUUAUGUCUCUUUACACCCUUUGUUUCCUAAGCUCUCCCUUGGCUCGCUUCCUCUGAAUGGACCGAAGCGACAUGCUGCAGCUCCAGCUCCAGCAACAGUUGUCUCUUGCUAAGUCUGUGCGCCACCGCUGCAACGAAUGGAUUUUCCGCGAUGUUCCUAGCGAUAUUACAAUAGAAGUGGCUGGAGUUACAUUCUCCUUGCAUAAGUUCCCUCUCGUCUCUCGAAGUGGGCGGAUUCGAAGGUUAGUUGCAGAACAUAGGGAUUCCGACAUCUCGAAGGUGGAGCUUCUUAAUCUACCAGGAGGUGCUGAAUCUUUUGAGCUAGCAGCAAAAUUCUGUUAUGGGAUCAAUUUCGAAAUUACUGCAGGAAAUGUUGCUCAGCUAUGUUGUGCAUCUGAUUAUCUUGAAAUGAGUGAAGAAUUCUCGAAGGAUAAUCUUGGUUCCCGAGCUGAAGAAUAUCUCGAGAGAAUCGUCUCGAAGAACCUUGAAAUGUGUGUUGAAGUGUUGCAACAAUGUGAGAAUCUACUCCCUUUAGCUGAUGAGCUGAAAGUAGUUAGCCGCUGCAUUGAUGCAAUAGCAUCAAAAGCUUGUACAGAGCAAAUUGCUUCGAGCUUCUCACGCUUGGAGUAUAGCAGUUCAGGGAGACUUCACAUGAGCAAGCAGGCCACGUGUGAUAGCGACUGGUGGAUUGAGGAUAUCUCUGUUCUUCGUAUCGACUUGUAUGAACGAGUCAUUACUGCCAUGAAGUGUCGAGGGGUUCGUCCUGAGAGCAUAGGUGCAUCCUUGGUGAAUUAUGCUCAAAGGGAGUUAACAAAGAAAUCCAGUUUAUGGAACCCAUCUGGCCAGACAAAGGUCGAUUUUGUUACGAGUUCAUACGGGCAAGAAAAACUUGUUGUUGAAACAAUAGUUAGCCUUUUUCCAGUUGAAAAAUUGGCUAUUCCAAUCAGUUUCCUUUUUGGGCUUCUGAGGAGUGCUGUGAUGCUUGAUUGCUCUGUUGCUUGCAGACUUGACCUCGAGAGAAGGAUAGGAUCUCAGUUGGAUAUCGCUACUCUUGAUGAUCUUCUGAUUCCAUCCUUCAAACAUUCAGCUGAUACUUUAUUUGAUGUUGACACGGUUCACAGGAUCUUGGUAAACUUCUCUCAACAAGAUGAUAGCGAGGACAAUAUGGAAGACGCCUCCGUUUUUGAAUCGGAUAGUCCUCGUUCGCCAUCUCAAAGUGCGUUGUUUAAAGUAUCCAAAUUAGUAGACAACUACCUUGCUGAAAUUGCCCCGGAUGCAAACCUCAAGCUUUCGAAGUUCAUGGUCAUUGCAGAUUCCUUACCUUCACAUGCACGCACCGUCCACGAUGGAUUAUAUCGAGCCAUUGAUAUCUAUCUUAAAGCUCAUCAAGGUCUAUCAGACUUAGACAAGAAGAAGCUCUGCAAGCUAAUAGAUUUUCAGAAGCUCUCGCAGGAGGCCGGAGCUCAUGCUGCUCAAAACGAGCGCCUUCCCCUCCAAUGCAUGGUUCAAGUCCUUUAUUUCGAGCAACUAAGGCUUCGUAACGCAUUGUCGAAUUCUUGUGGUGACGAAGACUACAAACCUUCACAUCAAUCAUGGAGGAUUAGCAGUGGUGCAUUGAGUGCAGCAAUGUCUCCACGAGACAAUUAUGCAUCACUGAGACGGGAAAAUCGGGAGCUAAAACUUGAACUGGCUCGACUACGGAUGAGAUUAAAUGAUCUCGAAAAAGAACAUGUUUGUAUGAGGAGGGAUAUGCAAAAGUCCAGUUCUCGUAAAUUUAUGAAUUCGUUCUCGAGGAAAUUUGGUAAAAUGAGCUUCUUUGGGAAUAGCUCUUCAAAGGGUUCGAGUUCGCCAUCGAAACAUUCAUUGAGGACGGAUUCCAAAGUGAUUGAAAGAACAUGUACAAGUGCAGAAUAGUUCCAAUUUACACUCAGAGCAAUGCAGAGCCUCUUUUCUUUGUUAAGUAAAGUUUUUCCCUUUUUCCCCCUCUUUCGAGAAUGGUUCAGUCUAUUUGUAACCUGUAAAUGAUUAGUAUUGCCAAGAACUCUUCUUUAUCGAUGAUGUUUUUGGUAACCAAA